AUGGCCGACCAGGACAUCACAAAGUACCUCCAGCAAAGCCACGACCGGCUGUUUGUCAACAACCGCGAGUGGGCUGAGAACAAGGCCAAGGUCAACCCCGACUUCUUCAAGAACCUCGCCGCUGGCCAGGCCCCCGAGUACCUCUGGAUCGGAUGCGCCGAUUCCCGCAUCCCCGCCGAGCAGAUCUGCGGCCUCGAACCCGGCGAGGCAUUUAUCCACCGCAACAUUGCCAACCUGGUCUGCAACACCGACCUCAACGCCAUGGGCGUCAUUAACUAUGCCGUUAAGCACCUCGGCGUCAAGCACAUUAUCGUAUGUGGACACUACGGCUGCGGAGGUGUCAAGGCCGCCAUGACUCCUCAAGACCUUGGUCUGCUGAACCCCUGGCUGCGAAACAUCCGCGACGUGUACCGCCUUCACGAGAAGGAGCUCGAUGCCAUUGCCGAUGAGAGUGAGAGAUACGACCGACUCGUCGAGCUCAACGUUAUUGAGCAGUGCCGCAACGUCAUCAAGUCUGCCGACGUUCAGCAGUCAUGGCACGAGAACAAGUACCCCAUCGUUCACGGAUGGGUCUUUGGGUUCAAGGACGGUCUGCUCAAGGAUCUUAAGAUUGACUUUGAGGCGGUGCUGGGUGAUAUCCAAAAGAUCUACAACCUUGUUGACAAGAAAUAA